AUGAACUGUCCUCCGGGAGGCUCUUUCCAGACCGAGAACCUCAACAUGGGAAAAGAUGUAUCUGGAGAGGGUGUUCAGGAAGCUCUGCUGAAGAUGCUAGAAGGAACUAUAGAUACAAAAGAUAUCCUCUUUAUUUGUGGUGGAGCUUUUGUUGAUCUGGAGAAGACCAUUUCUGAGAGACGUCAAGAUUCCUCUAUAGGUUUUGGAGCACCUAUCCGCGCUAAUUUGAGACUUACUGGGUUGAAUUCCGCUGCAGCCUCAUCUCUAUUAGAACACGUAGAGAGUGGUGAUCUUACUGCAUAUGGUCUUAUACCUGAAUUUGUUGGACGAUUUCCUGUUGUCGUGAGCUUAUCGGCUCUUGAUGAGGACCAACUUAUUAAGGUCAAUUUAGAAUUCACAGACAAUGCGAUGAGAUUGAUUGCUCAAAAAGCAAUAGUCAAGAAUACUGGUGCACGUGGUCUGAGAGCUAUAUUAGAAAAUAUUCUGACAGAAGCUAUGUUUGAGGAGGAAGAUAGAAGAAGCCCAGUGAGGUUAGGCGACGUGGAAGUUCUGGAGGGUUCAUGGCCUGCCAUUAGCUUGUAA